AUGAAGAGCCACGACGAAAGACCGCUGAUCGAUACGACAGCAACGCCAGGCCCGUGCAUCGAAGCUGGCAUCGAGGAUCAUACGGGUGCCCAGCCCACUGAAACAACAAGCUUGCUUGCCCAUCGGAAUCGCCCAAGUCGCUCUGAUGUUCACUAUCGAGACUGCAUCUCGGGCCCUCGGUUCCAUUUUCUGUUCUGGAGCAUAAUUUUCGGUUGCUCGAUUGCAUUUUUUGACACCACAUUGAUGGCUUCUUCCCACCCCGUCAUUACUUCAUACUUUGAAGCCUCCAAUGCUGCUUCCUGGCUUAGCACUGUCUUUUAUCUGACUUCGACGGUAUUUCAGCCAGUGUACGGCCGUGUCUCGGACACGAUCGGUCGGCGACCGGCAUUGCUGUUCGCCAUUAUCAUGUUCUUCGCCAGCACGCUAUGGUGCGGUGCAGCUGGCAGUAUUGGCAGUUUCAUCGCCGCCAGAGCGGUAAGUGGACUGGGAGCCGGAGGAGUGAUUGCCCUUGGAGGGAUCUUGACCAGUGACAUUGUCAAAAUCGAGUACAGGGGGAUUUAUCAAAGUUAUUUCAAUUUGUCGUACGGAGCGGGCAAUGGACUAGGCGCCGCCUUGGGAGGCUUUCUCUGCGACUACUUCGGCUGGCGCGCUGCCUUUUUCUUGCAGCUGCCCUUCAUCGCCGUUUACGGUAUCCUCGCUAUUUUUUCUUGCCCUGAUAACCUGGGCCCAAAUCUUGCAAAGACCCAAGGGAAAACACUGAGUCAAGCAUUCAAAAGCUUCGACACUUAUGGAAUGUUUGGCAUGAUCCUCACAGUCUCCGGCCUCAUCCUGGGGGUAAAUCUGGGCGGGAAUGUGUUCAUCUGGACACACCCCUUUGUCAUCAGCAGCCUGGUUAUCUCUGCCAUCGCAGGUGUCUCCUUGGUAUUUGCGGAGCGCAAAGCCGAACGUCCUAUCCUCCCUCUCAGACUUUUCUCGACGAUACCCAUCGCGAAUGUUAUAGGAAGCAACUUUAUUGCCUCCUUGAUCUCCAAUACGGUUUUGUUCAAUGUUCCACUCUACCUCCAAGCUGUUCGACAGACUUCGCCGACGACUUCUGGUCUUUACCUGGUUCCUCCUCUAGUCGGCUCUAGCAUCGCCGCCAUGCUAACAGGACUUUACAUUACUCUCAGACGACGCAUGAAGCCGCCGAUGGUGCUGGCUUCAAUCAUGGGACUCGGCGGCUCGAUUGCUGUAACGUGCCUAUCAGCAGACACGCCUACCUCGCUUCUCCCCUUUCUCAUUCCCGUCGUCUCGAUCGGCCAAGGAUUCUUUUUCCCAGCAGGAACGAUUGCGAUCCUUGCCCUCAACUCCCAGGAGGACCAAGCUGUGGCCACCACCACACUCGGUCUUGUCCGCAACCUCGGCUCCAUUAUGGGUGUGGCCUUGAGUAGCUGGGUGUUGCAGAAUGCGCUGCCGAUAUAUUUGAACAGAUAUGUCACAGCACCCGACGCAGCGACCAAACGAGAGAUCAUUCGUAGCGUGAGGGAAUCCAUCAACUCGAUUCGAAAUUUGGACCCCUUGCACAAGAGACAGGUCAUUGACGCGUAUGCGUCGAGCUUGAGAGCGACUUUUCUCUUGAGCAUCAUCUUCUCCAUUCUAUCUAUUUUGCUCAUUUGGCCUACUCAGCUUCCCAGUUUGCAAACGCAAGAGGACAUGGACAAAGAUGAGACAGCUGUUUUUACUCCGGAAUCGAGCGAUGACUAUGAAGAGGAAGAGGAUGUAGCCGACGCGCGAGCGUUGCUGGCUACGCCGACCUGCUCCAUUGUGCGAACUUUCACUGGCGGUACAAAUCGGAGUACAAGAUCAACAUCUUUGGAUGGGAUUCUGGAAAGGAGAGCAAGUUUCGACACAAACUUGUAG